UCACGUCCUGGACCGCCUCCGCAGCCUCGCAAGGAUAUAUAACAAGCACCUCAACCCUCUCAGACUCUCCAUCAUCCAUCGUCCAGUCAACCGUACUCCCGUACUGACCACCACUACUCGCACAAUGGCUAACAUUACUCUUGGUCCUGGCCCCGUCGUCAUCCCGCUCACCGACUGGGUGGAGGAGAGCAUCUCGGCCAUCUAUAAGGCAUCCACUCCAAGCGAUUUCAGCGCUGCGUUCGACGCCUUUAUCGACGAGGACCCGGAGAUCACCGUGAACGGCAAACGGCUCAGCCGUGCGCAGUACCAGGGGCUGUUCCAGGGUGAGCGGGCCCUCGAGCAGUCUGCUACUGUCUCUUUCCUCGGCGCGGUGGAGGUACCUGCCAACAAGAAGGAGCCCGAGUCAGCCGGCACCGUCGGUGUCUACUACAGGGCGACUAUUUAUGAGAGGAUCAAGGUCGGCGGGGCCUCGACAUCCAGCACAGUCAACUCGUCUUUGAAUGUCGUUGUGGAGGAAGGCGAUGGCCCCGAGGAUCGUAGGGUCACGAAAGUUGACCAGGUCAUCAGUGACGAGGCCAACCCCAUCAGCCUCCCUCAUUAAGCACGUCUGCACAUUGCACCAGGACGCUUCACUUAUUGUACCGUCAUAACACGUCGCUAUACAUACCUGCACGUAGUUAUGAGGAGUCUCGCUCGUGUAUUCAGUUAAUAUGCAUUAUGCAACGCAGCCCAUUUUCAAUACCCAAGAAAUCAGCGUUGCCAUCUCCACUGUGGCUACUGUACAUGAGACACUCGGUGUUGUUCGCAUACAAUACGGUUUUUUUGUUUGCAGCAUUGCUAGGCACGUUAGGCUGCAGCUUCGAAGCUCUUGCUCGUCCUUGGAUAUAAGAUCAAUUAUAUGCGGCCUUUCGCAUAGUACUAUAGUUUCAUUAUGCUUUGCCAGGUCGAUGCGCAGAGACCGACAUAUCGGGAGUGCUUAGGCCAGUCGAGGACAUCGAUGUCGCCUGACGUCG